UCUCCCCCCCUUUUCUCAGCCUUUUCCUGUUUGUUUUCUUUUCUUGUCCGGAUUUUCCGUUUGGGUUGUGAAAAUAAUUUUGACUACCGAAGAGGCAGAGAAAGUUGCAAAUGGCGGUCGCAAACAAGUGGACUUUCGCUUCUUUAGCUCUUCUUUUUUUGCUUCUUGUCGGAGCAAUUGCCAUUGUACGGACCGGCAACUCUUCAAGCAAUGUGGAGACGGAGAAGGUGCAGAGCUCGAACAACUCAACAAUGGCAGCUAGGUCAGAAGAGGUUGAGCCACUGAACCAGCAUGCCGUUCCUGACCCGGAGGCAGUAGCAGCGGAGGUCGAAUCCAUCAUUGACAUGUAUAUUCGCAAUGUGACUCGGAGGGAGUUGGGUUUCUUCACGUGUGGAACUGGUAACCCCACUGACGAUUGCUGGCGUUGUGAUGUAAACUGGCAGAAGAACCGGAAGAGACUUGCUGAUUGUGGGAUUGGUUUUGGAAGGAAUGCAAUUGGUGGGCGUGAUGGACGUUUCUAUGUUGUCACCGACCCUAAUGAUGACGACCCUGUUAAUCCCAGACCCGGUACCCUGCGUCAUGCUGUGAUCCAGGACGAGCCCCUUUGGAUUGUGUUCAAGAGGGACAUGGUUAUUCGGUUGAAACAGGAGCUCAUAAUGAACAGUUUUAAGACCAUCGAUGGCCGUGGGGCCAAUGUGCAUAUUGCUAAUGGGGCAUGUAUCACCAUCCAGUAUGUUACCAAUGUCAUUAUUCACGGUCUUCACAUUCAUGACUGUAAGCCAAGUGGGAAUGCCAUGGUGAGAAGCUCACCGUCUCACUUUGGGUGGAGGACGAUGGCUGACGGCGAUGCCAUCUCCAUUUUCGGUUCGAGCCACAUUUGGGUUGAUCACAAUUCUCUCUCUAAUUGUGCUGAUGGUCUUGUUGAUGCUGUCAUGGGCUCAACUGCCAUUACCAUCUCCAACAACCACAUGACCCACCACAAUGAGGUGAUGUUGCUAGGUCACAGUGACUCGUACACAAGGGACAAACAGAUGCAAGUCACCAUCGCCUACAACCAUUUCGGAGAGGGACUUAUCCAGAGAAUGCCAAGGUGUAGGCAUGGAUAUUUCCAUGUGGUGAACAACGACUACACGCACUGGGAAAUGUAUGCCAUUGGAGGAAGUGCAAGCCCAACCAUAAACAGCCAGGGUAACAGAUACGCAGCUCCAGCCAACCGAUUUGCAAAGGAGGUUACCAAGAGAGUGGAGACACCUGCAGGCCAAUGGAAGAGCUGGAACUGGAGGUCAGAAGGGGACUUGUUGCUGAAUGGUGCUUACUUCACUCCGUCUGGGGCUGGAGCCUCAGCCAGCUAUGCCAGAGCCUCGAGCUUGGGAGCCAAGUCCUCUUCCAUGGUUGGGGUCAUGACUUCCAAUGCCGGUGCUCUUCCCUGCCGCCGAGGCAGGCAAUGCUAGUAUAUCCACCUCUCCCAACUCAAUUAAACCCAUGAUUCUCACAAAAUAUCCAUUCCAUUGCUUGUUUGUUUGUUUUUUACUCUUGACUACCAUCUACCUACCACCCGUUUCGUCAUAUAUUUGUCAAAGUGUACAUUUUUUACACAUUGUCAGUAUAUGGUGUCUGUUUGUGGAAUUGUUUUAUUGCCUCAACCUCGGCCUGCUUCAACUCAACCCCCCAAGUAACCAACGGUGUCUUUAGGAGCCAGGUGCGGAAGCGUUGUCCUUUUUUCUUUCUUUCUUCGUUUUCCCACUGCCAAGUGUUGUUAAGGUCAUGGUCCGUUUCAGCCUUUAGAGAAAAGCCAUCCAUUGAGUAGCAUUGUAGGAGGAGGAGGAUUGAAUGAUUUUGUGGGGUUUUUUAGCCUUCAAUUGUGUGUAGCUUACAAAAGCAAAAAGCGAGGAGUUAUACUGAAAGACUUUUGUUACAGAUGAAUGAGAAUGAUGGAUGAUUACA